GUCUCUGAUUUGCAUUAGUCGUGCCAUUCUGGCCAUGGUUAUGAGACAAUUUAUGAGUGUUGUCACGAGCUAGCAGACAGCUCGGCGCAGCGCAGACGGUGUGGGCUUGCGAGUGUUGUUACGUUUCGCGUCCGAUAGCGAACUUGUCGAAGUGCCGUUCGCAUGCUUUAGGGAGGGCGGCGGCACAUUGUGUCGACUGCCAGUGGUCUUCGGGCCGGAAGCUUCGAGAUGGCGCCGCCCCUUAAACGGAAACCCACGUGGUUAGGCAACGUGCGCUUUUGCGCACUCGCUUUAUUCCUCGCGGGCUUCGUCGUCGUGAUCUGCUCUAGGUUUAUCGUGUUAGACUCUAGCGCGGCCCUGCCGCCUAUACGACUGGCUCUAUCAGAAUUAGGAAUCAAUGGCGGGAAGAAUAGGGUAGGAGUAGGCGAGGAGCUUGCUGUCAGGGUGAGAAAAGAGGGAGACGGUUUAGGUAAAUCCCCGGGGGAGUUUAUUGAAGAUGAGGUAACAGCUGCCAAUCGAUCCCAGCCGUUGAUCCCUGGGAGCCGACUUUCCACUGUCGCUGCUGUACGUGAAUUCGAGAGCAGAUUUGACUGUCUCGCGUCGAAAGGGCAGUGGGUAUUUGACCCUACUCCGAGAUUCCUACCCUGGGCGGAAGAACUGAAGAUCGGGUACUCUUCCUGUGACAACUGGUGGAUCACAGAUGCUCAGACAAACAUUUCCGGGCAGAAUUACGGUUCUGGGGCAGCUAAACUUCGGAACAUUGCAUAUGACGACGCGGAUGGAGUGGCUCGGAGGAGGGGAGCCAAAGCAGUGUGGCAGGUUCGGCCGAGCGUGAAGUAUCGAUGGGAAUUGCCGAACCAGAAGGGGGGCGACGGAUCAGGAGAGAGGGAGGGGGAAGUAGGAGGGUUGGAAGAGUGUGGAGGGAGGGAGUGGUGGGGAGAGGUGGACUGUGAACGGUUGAAAGCUGGGCUGGUACCCAGUGGAGGGAAGAUCAUGAUAGUGGGAGAUUCGUUAAACUUAGAGGUGUUUGCAGCCUUCAAGAACCUUAUGAGUAUGUGCCAGAAGAAGUGUUUCUUUGAGAUGCGGACGAAAUGGCGCAAGAAAAGCCAGCAGCAGAGGCAGCGGAGGGCCCAGCAGCAGCAGCAGCAGCAGCAGCAGCAGCAGCAGCAGCAGCAGCAGCCGCAGCAGCUGCAGGGGCAAGAGAACCAUCAGCAGCAACAGGAGGUGAAACUGCAGGAAGACCACCAGCAGCCGCAGCAACAGCAGGAGACACCGGAGCAGCAGCAGAUGAGGCGGCAGCUACAGCAGCAGCAGGAGUUAGCAGAAAGGUUCAAGCAGGAGUGCCCCGGAGUAGAGAUUCUUGGUCAGGAGUCCUGUGCGGAGCAUCGGAAGAUCCCUGAAAUCAGCUGGCAGUGCAGAGAAAUGCGAUAUGGGAACACUACAGUACUGUACAUCCGGAAUGACAUCCUAAACACAUCAGACGAACACUUUGUAGAUGUUUCUCGCUACAUCAGCACGCCUUGGAUGAGGACGCUGAAGAAGGUGCGGAACAUAUCGGUGCUUCUACUGAAUCGUGGAGCGCACUAUGAAGAGAAUGAAGUUUUUAUCCCUGGACUCAAUGCUACUCUUCACGAAGUUAGGGAGGCUGCACCGAAUGCGCUCGUCAUUUAUCGGAGCACACCAGGAGGUCAUCCCAAUUGCACAAGGGCAAUCAACGAUCCAUACAAGGAGCCUCCCGACUCUAGUUCCUUCCCUUACCACUGGGGCGACUUUCACGAGCAAAACGAGAUUUCUAAACAUUUGGUGAGAGGAAUUGGAGGGGUUUUCAUGGAUGUGGAGAGGAUAACAGUUUUGAGGCCUGAUGGACAUAUGAACCCCCCAAAAGAUUGCCUGCAUUAUUGCCUUCCUGGGCCUUUAGAUACAUGGGUCAGCAUGUUUUGCCACAUGGUUACGCAAUUGUUGUAGAUUGCAUGUUUAGUUUCUCAGUAUUCGUUCACUUAUGGUAUAUGCGAGUUGCAA